AAUUCCACUAUUUGAUUUUACGUCGUUGUUAAGCAGAAGUUUAUUAGGUUUCAUAUCAUUCAUGUCGACCUGUUAACUCUCCAUUUAAAAAAUUUCUUUAUCUCGACAAAGCCAACUCAACCUGCCGGAAUUUCGUUUUAUCUCCGGAAAUCCCUGUGAUCUGCGACAAAGAACGCCGGAUUUUAAAAUUUCCAGAGGUUCACAGCUUGUGGAGUUGUCAACUCUUAAGGUAGCCGAAUGGGAACCCUACAAAGACCUGUUGUUUGCCCUAUAGUUCGAUCAAAGCAAGUUGGAGCUUUUACACUUCCAGUGAAUGGAUCUUUCAUGAAGGCCAGGACUUUUAGAAGUGGAUUCUGGGGCUUUAAAGGGAGAUUGAGAGAUGGGGUUAAGGUGAGAAAUUUUUUCCAUCAGGGCCACACGGAGAAGUGCUGGACAGUACACUGCAGUUUCAGUUCUUCCUCAAAUGGUAAUGGUAGCAUGGCAGAGAAUUUCAACGAGAACGAUGAAGAAUACGUAAACUCCAGUGUGGUUGAAGCCGUUGAGGUAAAAAGUGGUCCAGAGGGGUUCAUGAUAAAGAUGCGAGAUGGUAAGCGCAUUAGGUGUGUUCAUAACAAUCCACAGAGUGGUCAUCUACCGGAUUAUGCUCCACAUCCUGCUAUUGUACUAAAGAUGGAGGAUGGAAGUGAUCUUUUUCUUCCAAUAAUUGUCUUGGAGAUGCCAAGCGUUAUGCUUAUGGCUGCAGUUCGCAAUGUUCAAAUUGCUAGGCCCACUGUAUAUCAAGUAGUGAAGGAAAUGAUCGAGAAGAUGGGAUAUGUGGUAAAACUUGUUCGAGUAACAAAGAGGGUACAUGAGGCAUAUUUUGCUCAGUUAUACCUUACAAAGGUUGGUGAGGGAACAAAAUGUGUCAGCUUUGAUCUCCGACCUUCUGAUGCCAUUAAUAUUGCAGUAAGAUGCCAGGUGCCCAUACAAGUCAACAAGUACUUGGUAUCCAGUGAUGGAAUGAGGAUUGUUGAACCUGCAAAGCUGGCAGCACAGACCCCUCUUUCAGAUGGCUUAUUGUUCACGGAACUUGAUAGGCCUGGCGGUCAGCCUUGUGUAGAAACCAAAGAGUUUGAUCUGGUCCGCAACAUGCUAAUUGCUGCGGUUGAAGAACGCUACAGAGAUGCAGCUCAGUGGAGGGACAAGCUUACUCAACUCCGGUCUAGUAAAAGGAACUGGAAAUGACGGGUAGAGAAUUAUACCUUGCAGGGCAAUCAUCACCAUUCAGUAUUUCGUCAGAAUCAUUUGCACUAAGACCACAUCACCCCUUCUUUUAUUGAUGGAUCCAAUGGUCCCAAGCAAAACUGUAUAUAGAAGCAAUUGUUCAAGGCAAGAAAAGACCAGCCAAAUCAGCAAUUUGUAUCUCCCGGCCUCCACAAAUGGGUAAGCUUGUGAAUAUAUGUAGAUUGGUACAUAGAAGUUUACAGCCAAUGUAAUGUUGGAACAUGAACAUGCCUUUUUUUCUUGUGCUUCUUACCUUGUCAGUCUCUUGUAGUAAUCCGUAAAUAGUCUCCCUAUCUUUUACAGGAACUAGAAAGAUUGUGAAUGUAAUAUAGAUGGAUGUAUGUCUUGUUUGUAAUUUAUAUGGAAUGAGAAUGCUGCUGCUGCCUUCUUUGGUCAUUA